AUGGGAGCUCGAUGCGGCCGCAGCCGAUGCACUGAUACGAAACCAUGUCUCCAGCAGUUCAGCAUUAUUCGCAGUAUAGGCCGUGGAGCUUUUGGAAAAGUUUGCAUAGUUCAGCAAAGAUCCAGUAAACGGUUCUUCGCUCUCAAAUAUAUGAACAAACGACGUUGCAUCGAAAAAGGUGUUGCGCCAAACGUUAUUCGAGAACUGAGCUUAUUAUGCAAGAUUUCCCAUCCAUUCAUUGUGAACCUCUGGUACACCUUCCAGGACAAAGAUUAUAUGUAUAUGAUGUCAGACUUACUACUCGGUGGAGAUCUACGUUAUCACUUGAGGCAACAAGGGAAAUUCGCAGAAGAUCGAUCCAAACUAUAUUUAUGCGAAGUGGCCAUAGCACUUGAUUAUCUACAUCAGAACAACAUAAUUCAUAGAGAUGUGAAGCCAGAAAAUAUUCUUUUAGAUGAACAAGGACAUGCGCAUUUAACCGAUUUGAAUUUGGCUACACAACUCGAAGAAGAUAAGCUAGCUACAUCUUUUUCUGGAACUCGACCAUAUAUGGCUCCUGAGAUAUUUCAAUGCGUUUUAAACAUAGUAGAUGGUUAUGACAAACGGGUUGAUUGGUGGUCUCUUGGAAUCACUUUUUACGAAAUGAUGAGAGGACGGACAACAUACGAGUUCAAUGCUCAACAUACACCUGAACAGACAUUAUUGAUAAUCGAACAGUCGACUGUGGCGUUCCCAGCACACUGGCCCAAUGAUUUGAUAUCAUUCCUCAAACAGAUGAUCUGCUUAGAUCCUGAGAAUAGGAUAACAUGUUUACAGCAUAUUAAAGAGCAUCCUUAUACAUCGCGUAUAGAUUUUGAGUGGGUUCUUGCAAGACGAGCAGCUCCAGUUUUUGUGCCAUGUAAAGAAGGUUUAAAUUGUGAUCCAAUGCACGAAAUAGAAGAAAGAAUUAUUGUCUCGACUCCGAUUCAUCGUCGUCGCAAUGAUCGUCGGAACAAUGUGCCGGAAUCUGCAGCUCUGAAAGAAAUCUCACAGGCUUUCAUAGAGUAUUCUCGUGUGGAACAAAUAAAUGGCAAGCCAUAG